GCCCAAAGUUUGGUACACUGACGGCUUGCAAUGUGAUUUCUUCGCACAUGACUGCAGCGUGCAAUUUCUGUAGCACAGGAUGACACAGAUUCCCCAGAUUUGCUACAGCUUGAGGCUCUUGAGGGCCAGAGCUGGGCAUCUUGCCGCCAUAGGCUGCAGAUUCAGCCAUCGGGGCGGAAGUGAACUGGUCCUGCGACCGCCACCGAGUUGGCCGGUGGCCAAGGGUGCAGAUGCAGAGCGAGAGAAAGCCAGGGAAUUACAGACUCGGAUCCACAUCGAAGUUGAGAGCAUAGAAGACCUUCGAGAACUUGUGCGAGCCGAACUGCAGCACUUCGACGAGCACCACGCAGUGAGUUGUUUGGAAAGGCUUGGGUCUAUAGGUCGUGAUGCAGAAACGGAAGAGAGGCUGCUGGGUGCAUUGCUCCAGCGCCUUGAUAGUGGACAAAUGGAAAUUUCAACUUUGGCUCGCCUCGGUGCUGCUGCAGUUUCCAUCUCCCUUUCUGAUGUGGUGAGUUUGGUGACAGCAAAGGCCUCACAGAAAGCCAACGAAUUUGGAAAUCGUGACAUGGCUGUGCUGGUUCGAGCGAUGGCAAUGGCAGGUCAGGGAGCUGCAGUAGAGGCGUUGGUGAACGGUGCUGCCCCUCGGGCGCCAGGAUUGGGUGCACGGGCCCUGGUGCGACUCGCAUGGGCAUCGGCCAGGGUGCGCUGGCAAAGUCCUGCUUUGGACAUUGUGCUGGAGGAGGCUGCAGGUCGUGCAGACCGGCUUCAACCACAAGCCAUGUCAAACCUUCUUUGGUCGAUGGCAUCCUUGCGCAAUAGGAACAAGAAUGCCUUACGCACCUUGUUGCCACACAUGGUGGAUAGAGUCAGACGCCUAUCGCCACAAGGCUUGGCGACUGGGCUAUGGGCCUUGGCAGCUUUGCGUCCGCGUGCUGGUAAGUCCGUCUCCAGACCUGGAUGGCUUGAAGAGGAUGCAGUUUUGCGCAUGUUGACUCAAGCCAUUCGGUGCAUCGAGGCAUUUAGUCCCGAGGACUUGGGGGCUCUCGCCAGGGUGACUGCAGUUUUUGCUUCAGCCCAGACUCGUGGUGCAGACUUCGCUCCACUUGCAGAAGCAGUGGUCAGCGAGGCCACGAAGAACUCUGAACGUCUUCACAACUUGCCACCCCGGCAGCUCUCUCGGAUCUUGGGUUCCAUGGCGCGAUGGCGUUGUCGCGACCAAGAUUCCAUUGAACGUUUAACUAAUGAGGUGGCAAGAAAAGCUGAGCAGCUGAAUGCAGAGCAGACGGCUGCCAUUAUUUGGGCUUCUUGUGCCUUGCACGUUUCAACCAAAUUGGUUCCCGCACUCAGCAUGCAGGUGUCGAAACUAUUUCAGGACCGGAGUGAAAGAAAUACAUCGGCUGCUGAUUUUGGAUCAGUAGCAGGAUUACUUUGGGCCGCAUCGUUGUCAGUAAAGCCUGGACGGUCUGCCACCUGGCCGAGGGCCUAUGGAAGCCCAGAAAGCGACUGGCUGAAUGGGAGCUUUCUGGAUAUGACAAACAUGGAACUCAAUGCUUCAGACGCCCAAACUUAUCAGCUGGCAGGUGUGGCUGUUGCAGGGGCAAGACUAAGGCUGGGAGAUUGUAGCCUUCUCAGAGCAACAAGGCAGGAGAUACAGAAGAGGGCCGAGACGGGCCUGGAAGCUCAAGAUUGUGCGCUAGCAGCUCGUGGUUUUGCCACCCUAGGGUUGCACUCUGAAGGUUUGCUUGGGACGCUGUGCCAUAGCUUUCUGCAGCAGGUCGGGCGAUCAUUUGAAGGUUGGGACACUGGCAGAGACUGGUCUGAUAUGGUUGAAGCUUUGUUGCUUGCUGGUACUGGGUCAGUUCUUCCCGGCAGCUUUGAUGCAGAGCUCAUAUCAGCCUAUGAGGAUGCAGUGAUUCUGCCACUCCUAAAACACUUGGAAGAGAUAGUUGCAAGCGAAGGGAAAACCAAGGCCUUGGCCCAGAGCCUCAAAUCCUUGGAGCGCUUUGCAGCAUCUUUGGGCUUACCAGGCCUUGGUGCUGAGCAAUCCCGGCAGGUCCUGAAAAGAGCAAACCUGGCAGAAGUCGCGGAGAUCAGUCAUCCCUGUUGGGCUUCAGCGAGGGAAGCCGCAGCUGAAAGGCUUUGGAGCUCUAACUCGAUCAGGUCUGCAUGGUUGUCCUACAACAUUUCGCUUUCUUUAGAUGAUUUCCAGCUUGAGGAACAGGAGCCAGGGCGUUUGGUGGCAGUUGCUGGUGGCCACUCUGAACAGGUACCAGGUCUCCUUCGACCAUUGGCUUUGCCUGGAGUUUCAGCAGCCGGUCGACACGCGGAGCACCAGGCUGUAUUGGCAGUCUUCUCGCUCCUCAAGGCAGCGCAACGGCGAAUUCAACGGCGAGCCUUAACGAGGGCCUCCAAAGAUGCCAAGACACGAAUCAGCGGCGAUGUGCGAAUCUAUGCCUUUGGUUCAACACCAUGCCUCUCCUUCCUGGCCACUUUGGCACAGCUGAAGAGCCAUUUUCCCAUGAUUGUCCUGACGGUUGGUUUUGAUGAGGAUGUCGCGAGAAUACCUAGGCUGCCAAACGCAUCGUUUGGCUCAAAACUGCAGGAGGCAGCUGCCUGAAGUUGAGGUCACAACAGACCAGAUGUCCAGAUCAUUUCUUGUUCACAGCAGCUGGAGAAAAUAAU